AUGGCCAAGCAAUACAUCAAAGAAAAACUAGAACAACUAAGGGGAUUAGAUUUGUGGACUGGCUUUUUUACUUUUAAACAAAUCAAAGCCACUACAAACAACUUUGAUGCUGCAAAUAAAAUUGGGGAAGGUGGUUUUGGAUCUGUCUACAAGCCUUGCCCGCGCUUUAUUUGGACCAGAGGAAUGGCAAGUAAAAAUGGACUGGCCAACCAGACAAAGAAUUUGUAUCGUGGGUAUAUGGAUCCUGAAUAUGCAAUGUACAGUUACUUAACCUACAAAGUAGAUGUGUACAGUUUUGGCGUGGUUGCACUAGAAAUUGUUGCUGGAAAGAACAACAUGAAAUAUUGUCCCAGUGAAAAUUUCGUUUACCUUGUUGAUUGGGUCUUACACGAUGGCCUUUUGUCUCAGGCUAUGGCUUUGCAGAACGAAGGAAAAUCAAGACAUGUAAUUGUGAAUCUGUAUGAUCUCUCUAGAUCUUCAGAUGAUUGGCAGUACAUGGGAAUUGAUUGUCUUCUAUUACUUCUCAAAGAUCCAGGAACCAUGUACAAAAUCAUUGAAAUCUCCACCUCGUACCUUAUUGAUUUGGUUGAACUUAGGACGCUUGCAAUUAGACCGAAAUUUGGUGAAACAAUCACAAGAGUGCUUCUCAAUGAUUUGAAACAAAGAAGUAAUAGAGAGAAAGCUACUUCUGAUGAGAAACUUGAGGAAAAAAGGGUUCUAGUAAAUCUACUAAAGCAAGAGGGAAAUCGUAGAUUUUUGGUGGGAGAGAUUGAUGAAGCAGUGUUGCAAUUUACAGAAGCUAUAGAGUUGUGCCCUUUAAGGUACACUAAUGAAAGAAUUGUGCUCUACAGCAAUAGAGCACGGUGUAAUUUGCUGCUGAGAGAUCCUGAUGCUGCAAUCAGUGAUGCAACAAGAGCCCUUUGCCUUUCGAGCCCCCCAAAUUCUCAUUCCAAAAGCCUAUGGAGAAGAUCACAGGCAUAUAUAGGGCCUCAUUUAACUAUUUGCUUCAACUUACAUCUGGAUGACUGUAAUAACUUGAUAUGCUUGUUGGUUGGUUGA